AGACAGCCCAGACACCAGCGCGCGAGGUAAAGCUCACAGUCUUGCAAGGACGACGACGUCUUUCGGAGGGGAGGAGGCAACAAGCUUCUGGCGAGGUGGCUGCCCUCUCUCUCUCUCUUUCUUUCGUCGCUCAAGACCCUUUCGCAACGGACCGCUCACUACCUCGCCCGCUUUGACUCACUCGCUUCACCUACCUUGAACGCACGCAUCCACAAUCAUCGCCCCAUUCUCCUUUCAUCAGUACGGCCACAAGGCACGUACGCAAAGAGGCAUACACAUAAACCAACAUAACCACACACGCAAUCAAGAUGGGCAUGGUUCAUCGCGAGUACCUCGCCUCGUCGCGGAUCUUUGGGUGCAAAAAGUGCAAGACGCACCUCACGACGAUCGAGCGCCUCGUCAGCCGAAACUUCAAUGGCCAGACUGGUAGGGCGUGCCUCUUUGACCACGUCGUCAACAUCACCCUGGGCGACGCAGACGACCGGCAAAUGACAACGGGUCUGCACACAGUCAGGGAUGUGCGGUGCGCAAAUUGCAGCCACAUUUUGGGCUGGAAGUAUGACAAGGCCCACGUUGAUUCGGAGCGGUACAAGGAAAAGAAGUUCAUCCUCGAGCGCGCCCUCAUAGACGACGUAGAAUGAUGCCGGCCGAGCAGUGCUGCUCCACAAGUCUCUCAUUUCCAUGGCUAUGUGCACCCGGCGGCUACUGUUACAAUGCAAUCAUGUCGGUUUCGUCUUUGCCUUUUUUGCCCCUCUGGCCGCCUUCAUUCUCUCAAGCCUGGCUUUGAGCGCAUUGACUCU